CGAACCGGCUUCUUGCUCGUUGCCAACAAGUUUCACAGGAGAUGCCAUGGCGUUUGAAGUGGGGUUCUUCAAGAUUUCUCGACGAAAUUACCCUUUCAGGCCAUUCACCAAUUCCUUCCUAUUUAACCAUCAAAAGCCCCAUAAUUUUAACUGGCAUCUUCUUCUUCUUCAUGAUCUUGAAACCCUAAUAAUCAACCUGCAAGUUUCUUACAACCAGAAUCCUUUGAUCUCGAUCCUUGUGUUGUUUUGCUGAUCUUUAUUCGGGUUUUUUGCAGGUGGGAAAGCAAGAUUUCAUAGGAGAUCGAAUGGCUCAGAAUCUUCAAUCUUCUGUCAACGAGGCAUCCAUGGAUUUGGAACCAGGAAGCUUAAAGCUGAUGUUUUCAACCGGAGUUGCAUCUCCGGUGUUCACCGGAAAAAAGAUCCGAGGAGAAGCAGGUGGUGGUGGUGAUGAAUACGAGUCCAUCAAAGUCGUCUUGGUAGAAAGUCAAACAAAUCAACCAUUCAUCUCUAGGUUUCCGGCGUCAAUAAGGGUGAGGAUCGUACUUCUUCCGGAAGAGUUCGGUGGCAGCACCACCGUAGACGGCGGCGGCGUAUGGACAACUUCAGAAUUCAAAAACAGUGUGAUCACCAACUGGGAAAACAAGAAAAAGAUUCUUCGUGGUGACCCUUUUGUCGAUCUGAAAAACGGGAGUGGAUCUGUUGGUGAAAUUCGGAUUAAACACGAUAAAAAGCAUCUUAGCAAGUGCAGAUUCCGAUUAGGAGCCAUGGUUGUCGGUUGUGCUUAUGAGAUCAAAGAAGCCAUUACUGAGCACUUCGAAGUCCAGGAUCGCCGCAAUGAUUUAAGCAGUAAACGUCGACCGGUCUCAUUAAAUGAUAACGUGUCGCGAUUGAAGAACGUCGGGAGAAAAGGUGUGCUUCGUCUGGAGAGUAAAAAUAUCAUGACAGUUAAAGAUUUUCUUGAGAAUCUUUCUUCAAACCCUUUAGCUCUCCAAGAGAUAUAUGGUAGCAGCGGAAAAAAGUGGGAUGACACUGUUCGUCAUGCAAAAACCUCCAUCAUUAAUAAAAAGUGUAAUGUAUGUGGCUCAGUCGGAUCAACCUCCCGACACGAGGACAACCCGUCAUUUGCUGAUCAUGUUGAUUUCACCAGACUCGAUGCUGAAUUAUACAUGCCAAGUCCAUCAUCCUCAUCAAAUGAUACAAUUACAACACUUGAUCCAAUUCCUGAUAUUGAUGAUACUGAAAAUUUCUUUCAGUAUUUUAUGUCAAAGAUAUUUAUGGAAGAGUUACUGAAAUGAACCUUUUUCUAUAUGAAUUUUCUUUCACAUACGUCAACAGCAAAAAUGCUCU